UGACUAUAUGAGGCGACGCUUCGCCAACAACGGCACUUUUCUUAACGAGCGCUUUGUUGAUUGCAGCCAUUUCCGUCAUCGGCUCGUGCGCUGCCUGCGAGAAGCGUCUCUGACCGUCACGCGCGCCUCGGGGGUAACACGCACUCGAUUCCUCCCUCUGCUCUGUUGGCUGGCUCGGUCGCCAGCUGAUUCUCGUCGGGAUGGACCCAGCCAGCCGAUACCAAGUGUUGCACAAUGAGGACGACGCUUCGGAGGCCUCCGCCAGCGAGCAGCAGCCCAGCACGUCUGCCACGGCCCAGGCCGGCGCCUCCAGCCAGCACCAGCACCAGGACCAGCCCGGCCCGGCUCUCGCCCCAGCGCCGGGGGACUCAGGAUCCAGCGCUCCGAGGGACGCGGAGGCGCCCCCCCCUCCCUACGCUUCCAUUGACCUGGGAGGAGCUGCUGCUGCUGCACCCGAGACCAGCUUUCGCAGUGACUUCCCGGUGCCUCCUCCCUACAGUGUCGCCACCUCGCUGCCAACGUAUGAUGAAGCAGAGAAGGCCAAGGCGGCUGCUAUGGCUGCCUGCACCGUGGAGGUCAUGUCACGGGAUGACGAAUUCCCCCCAAGAGAUGAUUUCAGUGACGCUGAUCAGCUGAGAGUCGGGAAUGACGGCAUUUUCAUGCUGGCCUUCUUCAUGGCCUUCCUGUUCAACUGGAUUGGCUUCUGCCUGUCCUUCUGUUUGACCAACACUAUUGCAGGACGCUAUGGGGCUAUCUGCGGCUUUGGCCUGUCCCUCAUCAAGUGGAUUCUCAUUGUCAGGUUUUCGGACUACUUCACUGGCUACUUUAAUGGUCAAUACUGGCUCUGGUGGAUCUUCCUGUUGCUUGGCCUCCUGUUGUUCUUCAGGGGUUUCGUUAAUUAUCUUAAAGUGCGGAAUAUGUCAGAAAACAUGGCCACCUCUCACAGAACACGCCUCUUCUUCCUCUACUAACGAUUCCCACACCAUCACUAUUCCUUUCCAAUGUGAAGUUUCUCCCCUCCUCCUUGAAUGACCUGACCAAGGAGCCUUGCAGCGAAGAGAGGAGACAGGGAAGGAGCGAAGGAAAGAAGUAGGGAGAAGUGUUACAGAGCUCAUUAAAAGCAUAACACAACUGACUCUGAGCUUGCUGCUUCUGAAGCAAGCUGCAAACAGUUCUCUUUGAUGGUCAUGUCUUCCCUCUGGCUUAGUUUUCUUUUCCAUUUAUUCAAAGCUCUUCACAUGAGCAACGGGUGGGAGCACUAAUGUCCAAUGAAGAAAUAUUUGAGAAUUCAAUUAGAAACAAAAUAAAAGCGCAGCAGAAAAAAACCUUUAAACUCUCAAUGUUGGAAACACAAUUCCCAAUAAUCAAUGGUUAAAUUAGUUUUAAGGAAUUUCGUGUUAAAUAAUGUUGCUCCUUUGUGUAAGCAUACAACAACGUUAUUGAUCUUAGAAAACUGUCUUAAAAGUGCAACCUUUUUAAAAAUAGAAAAGGUGUAGGAAGUGGAAGUCUAUUCUGAGCCCUUGCUAUUCAUAUUUUCCCACCUCUUUGUCUCGUUUUAGUGAAAGAUCUUGCUUACAUCAGUACAACGGCAAAGCACCCAGGAAUUUGACCAUUCAAGAGGGUUAUAAAAUCUUUAUUUCAAGACCAUGCACUAUUCUUACACCCUAAUUGAGGUGUGUGGUUUUCAUGUGUGUCCUACUUUCGCCUCAUCCUGUCCAUGAGGGGGGGAUUAAAAGACAAGAUGAAAGGCUUUCAGCUCAAUGUCACCCAAAUGGUCAAGAACAGCCAGAAAUAUGCAGUGAUCGGUUUACAUAUUGCACACCCGGUUGUGUUUAGUGUUUGUAAACCAAACAUGCAAUAAGUUCACCCACGCGUCAUUCCUGUCGACUGUUCGUUUGCUUUAUGGUAAACGCACACGGCCGAGAAUAUAACACACUGUAAAAAACGGCUUGACAUUUGUUGAAAAUAACUCAAUGUUAUCAUAACUCAAUGUUUAGGCUGGAGUUAAAGUUAAAUCAGCAACAGCCGAAAGCAAGCUAAAGCAAAUGCUUUUAUGAAAUUAGCUGCCAAUAAAUGUCAGCCAAAGGUACAAAAUAAAAUAAAAUCUGAUCUGAAAAGUGCACACGGAUGUGCAUAAGCAGCUUUCCUCCUCCUUGCUUCGCCCAUUAAUAACUGUCAGGCUGACCCGACCUAUGCAGUAGCAAUUCUUAGCCGUCGUGACAUUUUUACAAAAAAAGGAGGGCUACUUUCAUGACUGCACUGGUCAGCAUUCUCCACGUUUGAAUCAAAGAAAAAUGACACCAAUGCCUCUGAAAAGCCUGCGUCAUGACCUAAACGUAUGUUCUCAAACAUAUCACUUAUGGGGGGGUGUAAAUCAUAUCGCACCUUAGAGGUCAGUUCAUCAGAGAAUCCUGUUCACAACUGCUUUUUCCCCCUCUCCAAGCUGAUUGCCAAAUAUGUCAGGCAAAAUAGUUUCUACUGAGGAGCAACGCUAAUCAGAGAAAAAGCUUGUGUGUUUUCAGGCCACAUUGUCAGAUUAAGUCAGAUCAGUGGAAAAUGGCCCACAGGCAUGGGAAGGCAGCCUCAUAUGCACCUCCUGCUUCAGUGCUGUGGAAGUGGAGUAAGUAUUUUAAAUGCAGCACAUUGCAGUAACUGUUAACGUGCCAGGCUCGAGUUAAAAAAAAAAAAAAACUCCUUGGAGUAAAACAGUCUUAUGCAAUUUAGUUACUUGUAAUGACCUACAAUAAUAUAAUAGUGGAUGUGACGUUUUGUGGUAUUGGAAUAGAUGUAGCUAAAUAGUUUUAGUGAGCUGAGAUCGAGAUCCAAUCAUGACAUCAGAUUGAAGAGGCAUUAAUGAAGCUCUGAAGCAAAAGUAAAGUAGGUUCUGUGUGGGUGUCUGCCGACAAAAUCAGUUGAGUCAUCAGUUUAAAAAGAAAAAAGGCAGUGCAAUAAAACCAGUAAGGAAGUUCCUGAGUCUGCAUGUUCUGCAUGACAACAGCAACACAGAUCUCUCUCUGGCUUUUGAGAUUAGAUUAUUUUUUUCCCCGUUUAACGGAGUGAGAAGCUUUUGGGUGAUGUGACAUUACCUCCCUGAGGGAAGCACCUUGAACUGAACAUUAUCAGCAGACGUGGCUGUGUCUUGUGAGCGUACCAGUUGAUCCUCUCCAGCGUACUGCAGCACGACUAGUCUAUGCGUCACGAAGACGGAGCCUUACUGGACAAAGAGAAAGAGGAAAAAAACACACAUCACGCUUUUUGAUUAUUUCUGUCAUCUAGAAAAUGAAAUGUGUACAUAUACUAGUUCAUGCCAAUAUAUGAUAUUUGCACUUUGAGGAACCUUUGUACAGUAUGAUUUGUGAAUCUGCUCAAUUUGUGGAGGUGGAAGAGAACAAAAUGAUCUUACCCAUCCAUGUCAACUGGAAUUCCUAAUCAUCCCACAUGGAUAAAUUUGCCUUUUGCACUUUUUUUUGAAAAACGGUUGAUAUUGUUGUGUCUAAAUUCCUUCGCUUUUAGCCUAAACUGUGACAGCUUGACUAUUGCCAAACUUUUUUUAAGCAAAUUUUUACUCUGGUCAUGUCCCACAAAGGCCUCUUUCAGCAAUAUCAAGAUGUUUCAGUGAAUCAGCUGCAUGAUUUGUCCACCUGAAUGAGUGGGAUACAGUUGGGAUUAAAGCAGUUAAAUAAAUGUCUUUGUAAAUAAAUAUAAAUGAAUAAAAAAACAAGGGGCAGCCAAAAUAUUUUGGGGUUAUUGUGUUACUCCUUGUAACAUCUUUAAACUGUUUUUAUGCAUUUAUUCUAACUGGAAUUCAAUUGACAGAUAAUGUCUUGCAAAAAAUGCCAAUAAAGUUCAACAGCCUGCCAGUUA